ACAUCAUUGUACUACUUUAAUCGGCUACCGUGGGGAUGAUGAUCGAUGAGACUGGGGACUUUUAAUCACUACCCCCCGCAGAUGUCAUCCAUAUUUGAGUCACCCCAAGAUAGGUAGGCUACAGUGAUACAAUGAACGUGACAACGCACAAGAAAAAGUACCGUGCGUAGAUUGGGAAGGUUGUGGCCAGCAUUUGCCGCAGUUUCUUUGUAUUCAGGACACGCGGAAAAUAUCAGUAGACCAUGGCAGAAUUAUUGCGGAUGCUUGUCCGGCUGGGAGAGAAGGCAGGGAACCUGGCCCGCAUCAUCCGAGCAGAGAAGGCUCUCUUUGAGUUGCUGGUCGAGGAGAAAACCGGAGAAGCCAAGAACAAGAGAUUCGUCCAGGAUUUCAAGACGCUCGGUGAUGUCCUCAUUCAAGAGAUGAUCAGACACGACGUAGGAGAAAAGUUCCCUGGUAUGAGAGACCACAUAUUUGGAGAAGAGAGCAACAUGUUUACCAACACUGCCGGCGAGACUGUAGAGGUCUCCAUCCAACCAACUCCCGAGGAGACCAAACUUCUGCUUACCAAAGUCCUUGAUGAGAACCAAAAAGCUGCGGCUCUGCUAGCAGAGGCCCUGCACGCGACCCUUGACACCAAGCUGGAUUCUGCGUUACUAAAUUUAAACUUUGACCUUGAUGUUGAAAAGAUGGGAAUUUGGAUUGAUCCCAUAGAUAGCACAUCAGAGUAUAUAAAGGGUAUCGAGGAUGCGGAGCCAGAGAAUGGCGUGUAUCACUGUGGCCUUCAGUGUGCGGUAAUCUUGAUAGGUGCCUUUCACCGUGAGACGGGAUCACCAGUCUUGGGGGUUGUCAACCAGCCUUUUGCCAGACAGGACCAAGAAACAAAGAGUUGGACAGGCCAAACUUUCUGGGGUGUAAGCCAUGGGGACAUCCACUGCAACUCAAUCACCUCCUCCCAGGUCAGCUUAAACACCCCUACAACUCACAGUGGACUUGCCUUUGUCAUGAGCCCAAGUGAAGAUGCCCAAACAAAGGACGCUCUAUCUUCCCUCGGAAGGGUCCACUUUGCCAGUGGGGCAGGGUACAAAAUCCUAUGUGUGAUCGAGGGACACGUUGAUGCCUAUAUUCUCACCAAAGGAAGCACUUUCAAAUGGGACACGUGCGGACCUCAAGCCAUCUUAAGAUCCUUCGGAGGAGGCAUCGUCAACUUCCGAAGGUGGAAGUCGUUGAGCAAUGAUGCUGAGAACAGGAAUUUUCUAGCUAGUGCCGGUUUGGAGUAUCACCAACCAGAUUCGGAGGUAAGGGACUCGUUGGGUGAGAAGUGGAGCAACUCCGGAGGUAUAAUUGCCUACAGGAAUGCAGAUGUGCUGGAGAAGAUCCAUGGUGCCUUCAGAAGAGAUUAG